CCGGCGAUGGCACGUCAGCAAUUUCGGUGCCAGCUGUGACCGAUGACCGAUGAUCGAGCUGUGAGACCGAAGACCGGCCAUGUCAGCUCUUGUGCAAUCGGAGCAUGCCGAGAUCUUGCGAUCCUUUGAGAAUUUGGACGGGUGGAAUGAGCGUGAAAUUUGCGAUGCAUUUCACCAGAUUUGGGAACUCUUUGCCGGAUAUGACCAUUCCAUUGCAGCAACCUACUUUCUCCAAGAGCAGCCCCAUCUCAUUGAGCGCGUCUUGCAGCAUUCUCGCUUGGAUGUGCUUCCGUUGGACAAAGCGGCCAGCGACUUCGGGGACUUUACGGAAAAGUACACCUUCUUCAAAUGUGAUGUAUCAGCCAGUGACAACGCUGUGGUGAAGAAUGGUCAACUUCACUUUACCUCUUAUAGCUAUGCAGCUUUGUACAUACCUCCUUUGAACUUUGGUUCUUUGCGCGAGAUGACUGUCUCUUUCUAUUUCUCGAUUGACAACCUGGGUGAGGUGUCCUCCUCUGUCCAGAAGCGCUUUGGCUUCCGCCUAGGUCAGCUGGAGAUCUAUUUCAUGCCAGAUACAGACAUUGCGGAUAUUGCACAGUUUCGGCGAUGUUACACACUGAUUGGUGGUCAAUCAGAGCCGCAAAUGGAGUACUUGGAUGAGGCAGCUUUCCUGGAAGGUGAGUUGAUGAGAGUGGUCUUUCAAAUUCACCAGGAUCACAUGUCAUCCAUGCACUUGUGCAAAACAGCGGUGAAUGCUGUCUUCCAAAAAGACUUGGAGCUCAACAGGCUUGGAUUCUGCAACGCAGCAAGUCGUGCAACCGACUUCCUUGGAAUAUUUGCAGAUGGUGCAAACUGCGAGAAGGUCUUCACAAUCAAGAGCAUCUCCCUUUUGCAGUACGAGGAAGACCCUCAAAGCCCUCUUCUCUUGCCAGUCUGGCCAGAGCUGAAAUCUCGCUCGGAGAGGCUCUUGUGGUUGGUCAUGGAUGGCUGCAACGCAGAGUACAAAGUGGCCGCUUCCGCUGGAAGCAGCGGCGCUGGAAGUAGCGGCGCUGGAAGCAGCGGCGCGGUUACGGGUGACAGUCGUGCCAAAGCACUUGGGUGCGUCUUUACCAUGCUGGUACAUUUGACCCAACCCUCGCUUCGGUCCAAAGGAAUGACCGCUUCGAGUGCCAUCUUGAAAUCCAUUGAUUUGUUGAUUCUACGUGCAGAAGACAAGGGUGCCUUGAUGCCACACCUGGGAAAGUUGGUGAAGCUCUUUGAUUAUUUGAUUGGCUUGGAGAUGGCUGAACGUUUCUUGUUGGAGCAAUCGUGCGUCGUCCAUCUGUUGGGACACUGCGUGGCAGGCGAUGAGCAUCGCUCGGCCGAGCUCCUGAUGGCGGAGAAGUCGAUGUUUUCCACGGGAUUGCAGAACUGUUUGUCGGCCGAUGCCCGACGAGCGCACCGAGAGAACGUCAUUGCAAGGAACGAAACUGGCACAGCUGAAGUCAAUGCCACCAUUCGAUUGCAAAAUGCUGCCCUUUUUUGUUUGUCAGCCUUGGGACUGCCUCAAGCCUCUGCGGAACUGCAAGACAAAGGAUGUAUUCUGGAAAAACGCGAGCGCCCCAUUGGGUGUUUCCAUCCGCACGAUGCUGAACGACUCCUUCGCGCCUUUCGGAACCCGAAAGUCGGUGAAGAUGCUGAUGGAAAAGUUGGAAGCUUUGGAGCACAUCCCGCAGCAUUUCCCUCCUACACUCUGAUGUUUGUAGUGGCUGUGAAGCGGGAGCUCUGUGUUCAAGCAACUGGUCCUGCCUUCCAGGCACUGAUCGUCAGUGAAAACAACUUGCCCAAUGUCUACGUGAGCCUGGAGGAUUUUACCGUUUGGGUGCAAGUGCGCACGAAGAGCGGACGGCUGGAGUCCGCUCAAUCGUGCUUGACAUUGACGGACCAGGCCAUGCCUGUGGCUGUCACCGUUGUGGUGGAUGGCCUGUUGGUGUUCCUCUACUUGAACGGACGAGAUGCCUUGGAGCAACCUAAGAGGCUGUCAGACUAUGCAGCCGAGGUGCAAGCUGGUGACAUUGUUUCUGGCAGGUCAAGCAAAGCAGUUGAGGCUUUGCAACGAGGUGACGUGAAGCGUGAGGAUGAUCCUGUACUUGCUGGUGCCAUGCUGAUGCUACGUUUCUUUCCUCGAGCGAUGGUGACCUACGAGGUCGAUUCAAAGGUUCAAGUCGCAAGGAGCCAGGCUGUCAAGGUCCUGAAACGGAAGCCGGGCACGGGUGGUCCAGAGGAGGUCCCUUUGACUGUCUUCAACAUUAUUGAAGUCACCCAGCUCGUGAUUCAAUUCACUCAUGUGCAGCUGAAUGACGAGUCUUUGGCCGCCAUGGGACAGAAGAAGGCAGGCUUGCAAGAAGUUCUGGAUCCAGACACAAUCAUGUGGAUGGUUCUGGCCCUAGGGACGGCUGCAAUGUAUUUGCCACACCAACAUCCCAAGUUUUUGGAUCUAAUCAAGCAGCCUUUUGUCAAGGUCAUGCAAGUGAUUGCUGGCAUCAUCGAUGGCACGAGUUCAAAGGACUUGUCCAACUACGAGCAGGCCUUCAUUGCUGCUUGUGUGGUCUACGUGGCCUUUGUCCUGGCCUCUCCACGCGGAAAGAACAUCCUGCAGGAUCACUUGGCCGCAAAACUCCUCAUCAAGAUGAACGGAUACUCAGAUAGCCCCAUCGACUUCAGUGAUUAUGUGAUCAAGAAUUGCCAAACCAUCUCAGCCAGGCUGGCGGUGCUGGUGCUUCGCGCCAAACAAGAGUCUCCUGCAACCUUGGCUUUGGUUUUGGAUGCCAUCAUGUCGCGGAUGGUCAAUGAGGAUGGUAUCAUCUACAAAGAAGACUUACAGGAGUUCCUUGUGGACCAAGGACUUGGCGCUGUCAUUCAAGUCUUGGAGUUGGUGGGAAAGGGACUUCUGCAGGUGGAGCGGCGAGAGCGCGAGCGCCGCGAGCGAAAGUCGCUCGAGUCCGGUGCCACACUCACGGCUGAGGAGCGAGAGGAACGGGCGAGGCAAGACAAGGCGGAACGUUUGGCGUUGGAACAGGUGGGCACCUUGGCUGCACGGUUGCAUCGUCAACUCUUUCUUCAGCUGCACCAUAUCAUGGACGAGGUGACCCACGGGCUGCCGUUGGAUGAAACUUCCAUGCUGGCACUGGUGAAGAUGGUGGGCACGGUCUUGGAAGUACCUCAUGUGUACUUCAUGCCGGCAAGCUCCUUGCACGCUGAGAUGAUGGAGGACCUUGAGGUUGCAGAGGGCAUGCCCUACGAAUGCUGGCGUCACAUUGCGGAAUUAUCCUGUGACAAGCUUCGAGUUUGGACAGAGAAGUUCUAUCCCAUGUCACUGCGGACAUAUGGAGAGGUCUCGACCCUGCUGGAGGAUUUGCAGGAGCAAGUUUAUGUCCGAGAUCGCCGCCAUAUCAGCUCGCCGAGACUGGAACUUGGGGCGCCGACACAGACCAACCGUGUUUGGAUCCAUUUUCAAUCCUCACAGCCCAAGAUGAUGACCGACACUGAAGUGAGAGUCCUUUCCGUGCACGAGCCGCCUCUGGAGCUUCCGGUCAAGAAGUCAGGCCAUAAAUAUUGCGCCGAACCCUCACGCUUGGUGGCUUUUGCCAAUGCCGUUUUGUACAACAGCCGCUACAAAGAUGAGGUCUAUGCUAAUAUUAUUGUGCUUUUGGCUGAGCUAAACCUGCCAGAGAUGUACACAUCUCUGGCUCCCCUGCUGGUGCAAACGGCUCUCCAAUCUGACUGGCUUUGCCGCCUGGUCUCUCACGAACUCCUGCACAACGUGCUUUACCCGGACAAACACUUGCUUCCGUUGCUGUACGAGGCGGUGCUUUCACCCAGUACGCCUUUGGCCACACGCUACAUGCUCCUGGACCUAUGCAGGCGAAUUGCACACUCUGCAUUCACACCUUUGGACGGCUUUGAAGAAUUCCUCCAAGUACUAAGGACUAGGCCGCCGCCUGACCUGCUACCAGAUGGCACAUCCACAAGCAGAGAAGUACCGACCUCCAUCAAACCCGCGCAUGAUGCUGGUGCUGUCAGCCUUCUCCUUUCAUCCAUCAGCACUGGUGUGCCAGAAGAUGUGCAGGUCUCUGUGGUUGGGCUGGCAACAAUGGUGGUGGCCAGGGAUAUCAACGCUUGUGAGCAGGCCAUUCUUGAGAAUCAAUACCAUGAUGGUGUGGUGGUGGAUGGGGAGAAACCCUUCUUUCUUUGGCGCACCUUCGCAGACCUCAUCUCAUCGAAGAAACGCGACCUGCAGAAAGCGACUGCCCGCUUUCUGAACACACUCUUUUGGAGACUUCCGCAGGACACCAUUGAGCUGACGACUCGACCACGUGGUCAGAGCUCGGAGGAGUAUUGGAUGCUUCCAAGGCUUCUGGAUGCGCUGGGGCAUCCGGAGGAUGAAGCUGUGGAGGACCUUUUACAGGUAUUGAUGCCUUUGGCUUCCCCAGUGCAGAACGUGAAGAAAGAGGAUUUAGAAGAGGAAUUCGCACACUUGGUCUUCGUACCACAACACACCAAGGCACGCGACUCAAGAGAAUCCCCAGCAGAGAGGCUGUUGCGGGAGGCUGCCUUGAUGAUCAGUGAUGGUGAACGGGUCAGCGUUCUGGUCUAUUUGUUGCGCUUGCUGCGUCCCAGAUUUCUGCGUCGUGCGCUCGAUUGGAAAGCCUCCGUUCGAGACUUUGUGCUGGACUUGAUUCUCAAUGAGAGGGUCUUGACCGAGCUCACCACGGCAGCUGGAAUCGCGGAUGAAUUCUGGGUCGUCGUGGUUCAGGUCUUAGAGCUGGGUGGACUUCCAGGACAGCGAUGGGUCGCGCAGACGCUUCGCUGGCUGGUGCGCGCGGCAGAGCAAGCAAUACCAGAGAGCGGGGAGAGAGAUGCGGGAGAUCUUCGUUUGGUGCGGAGUGCUUGCUCCCCCAAGAUUCUUGUGCCACUGGUAGUGCAUUUGGCGCAGGGUGCGCUUGCAAGUGCAUCUGCUGCAGCAAAGCGAAUGCUAGCAGCACUGGAACAGGUCCCUGAUUCCUUGCUCUCGCUGCUCCGCUAUUUGCCUAGCACCGAGCAAAACUCCUUGCUGACAGACUCGCUGCGGCGUUUGUUGGACUCUUCCAAGACCUUGAGAAGCAAAGGGCACUCCGAUGCAGCAGACUCAGUGGCCACAUUUGCCUCAAGAAUGGUCCUCACCUAUUUAUCAACUGGAUUGGUGACAGAGAUUGUGAAGCGUUAUCCUCAGGACACCACUUUAGAGAGCGUGAGCGAUGAUGGCACCAAGAUCUUUGCUGCAAUGCCCUUUGAAAUGCCAGGGGCCAUUAGUGUAAAGGUCAUGUGGGAAAGCAAGAAGGCCAUGAAUACUGACAUUCUCUUGACUCCAACGGGCCCAGAGGAGGCGAUGGCUUUGAGGAUUGAGGACCAGGCUCGAGUUCAACUGAGCACCCGCACUGCAGGGGAUGUGGUGAAGGUCACCUUUAAGCCUGGCUUUGCCAAAAUCUCCCAAGGCAGGAUCUUCAGUGGUUUUGACCGUGCAACCAGCAAAGGUGACGGAAAGGAGGAGUUUGUGCUGAAAGCCGUCCCAGUCUUUGUGUUUCGCUCAAUUCCACGGACGUCCAUCGACGAGCUUUUUGCAAAUGGACACUUCGAGGAGAUCAUGAAGAUGCUGCUUCCCUCCUCUGACCCUGCUGAUGCCGCAAUCCGCGGAGUACCCCUCGCAGUGAUUCAAGCAUGCAACUGGGGCUAUUCGGUCUUGGCCAAGGAAUUGGAGUCCUCUGAAGAGAAACUCGAACAUUUGAAUUCAGAGACAGUGCCCGUGUUUCCGUUCCUACGCUUGGUCCUUGACAUCAUUCACAGAUUGGAAGCCGCACGGCCUGGUGAACCUGAGCUGCUUCUUCUCGAGGAGCAGGCGCGCGUCGCCGGUGAAACCAUGCUGACGUUGUCCCGAUCGUUGAUCUUUCGAGACGCGAUGCUGGGCGGCCCUGAUUGGGAACAUGUUCCCGUCUUUCUGGACAUUAUGAAGCGAAGACGGUCUCGUGAAGAUUGGCUGAGGACGGUCUCGUAUGUCUUGGCACAAUUGCUGGGUAUCCCAGAUGACAAGUUGGAAGUCAGGAACAAAAAACUCGAAAUCGCUGCCAUGGCCACAACAGCCAAAGCAUCAAAGAUGGAGAUUCAAACAGUCGAGGAGGUGCUAGAAGAAGUGGUACCAUCACCGUUCUCUGCCUUGCUUGGUUAUAUCUCGGCAGCUACCAAAGAUGGGGUACUUCGAGCGCCGCAUGCGAAGGUGCUGUGCCAUGUGGCUGAUAUGUAUGCUUUGCUCCUGUCCGAAGGCCACCAACCGACCUUCAUGGAGACACAGAAUCGGCCACGUGACUUCAUAGAGCUUGGUAAAGGUGAGAAGGAAAAGGCUCUGCCAGAGGAGCUGAAAUCUUCGGACCUUUUCAAGUUCGUGACACUUUUGCUGAGCUCCACUGAUCCGCAUUUGCGCGCCUCUUGCUUCAGAGCCAUCUCUGCUUUGAGUGCCCGGCCCUUCAGGGAACAGCGGCUAUUCAAGAUGGUGAAGUUUUCAAAGCUGUGCAUGGAGCAACCUGAUGCCAAAACCACCAAGUGCUACCAAGGCCUUCCGCCACAGAGCCUUACCUUUGCUUUGCCCAGUCAAUGCAUUGCUCAUCCGCCCUUUGCCUUCAGCUUUUGGGUCUACAUGCAGGAUCCAACAUCACGAGGAGAAUUAGGACGUCGAUCCUAUUUCCUCAUGGGUGUGUUCAUGCCCACAGCCAGUGGCACACCUGUCAUCUCCCUUGCCUUGGGAGCUGGUCAUGGCAUCCAUGGGCAGGAUGGGCGCCUGGAGAUUUGGGUGGGCAAUGAGUUGAGAGCGCCAGACAAUGAAGAACAAGUGGCGGAUGGCAAAACGGCGCAUGAGCUUUCUUUGGUGAAAGCUGGAGUUUGGGUGCACGUGGCCUUAGUGGUCCAACAUCGAGUGAUUUCAGCAUAUGUGCAGGGGGAGAAGGUUGUUGAUGCAAAACUGCAGGGCACUAUGCAGUUCUCAUCCCUUGCGCCUGAGCCACAACGUGCCGUUUGUUUUGUAGGCUUUCCUCCCCCGGACCUUCUCCGAUACCAGAACUCCAUCAGCAUCAUGGAAGGCCUCCUUGCUCACAUGACUUACCACGACGAAGGUCUUACAAAGAGCCAGGUUUACAAUGCAUACUUCCGGUCACGCCACAUGUUGCCCACUGAGAAGAACAUUCCAAUGAUGGAAGAGGCGAACGAGCGCAAGGAGUCAAUCAUGUAUCCAUACCACCAACAGCAACCAUCGCCACUUAUGUGGCUUGUGAUUUCUGACCGGUGGCACCAGGUGGAUACCCAGCUCUUUGCUGUUCUCAACUCCAGGUCUCAUUUGCAGCGACAUGGGCGAGACAAGGGAGCACAAGACCUCGUUCGUGGCCUGCGGAUGGCAGCCACUGACCUUCUGAUGAACAUCAUCGAUGCAGAGGCUGUGGUGCCCCACCGACUGCGACAGUAUGCUUUGAAUUUUGGCAGCUUGAAGACAGUCACACAACUGCCUUUUCGCUUGGGAAUCUCGGAGGACAACUUCACGAUUGAUUUCAAACUUCGUUUUCGGGGCUAUGCGUUGCUUGAAGAGGGUGCAAAGUGCCAAAGCAUCUUGGGCUGCUUUGCCAAGAAGGGCACUGCUGAUAGAGACCAAUUCCGAAUUUCACUGGAGGUAUCCAAUAUCACUUCAGCUGAUGAUGGCAUGCUGGCGGGAGAAGCUACUGGCAAACAGCAGGCCUGGCAUCUUGUAUUCUGCUACAACGGGCAGACAACACAGCUAAUGGUACCACCUAUGGCAGGCGAUUGGCUACAUGUUGCCAUUUCAUAUGUGGAGGGCCACACAGAGCUUGGUUGCUCCUGGGAUGGGGCACCAGCUCGCAAAGUCGAAGCGGACUACAGCAAAGUUGAUCAGCGGCAUUCGGUGGAUGGCUAUGUUGGUUUCGAGGUGACGAAAAAACACGUGACGAGCAACUUGUUGUGCGACAUCCACUAUUUUCGCGCCUGGAAAACUUCGCCUGGAAUCGAGAAGGUCAUGGCAAGGCAUGCGGAUUCAGAGGCUCCAGAUCCAAUUUUGGCAGCUGGUGACACGAUCUACACCAUGACAGUUGCGGCGUGCAUCCACGAGGAUCGCGGCUACCUCUUAGAUUUGAUUCCGAAAGAACGAUUGCCUGGUGCCAAAGUCACUGGGCGGAACUUCACCAUGUUUCCCGCCCUCCGUAGCCGCCUCGCAGUCACCACCGACUACGUGGGUGCCAUGGUUUGUUCUGUGGAGCAUGUCCCUCGUUUCGUGUCCCCUCAUCCCUCCCUUCGACUCGGCCUCGUACAGUCCCGAGACGCCCAAGCGGCUUCCAGCGCGGCAUCCAGCGCGGAGGCCAAGGAGAAAAUCAAAGCUCCAUCCUACACAGCUCGAGUGGCGGCUGAAAAGUUCUCGUCCACCCAGAUCAGGGCCACGGUUCCGGAAGCUGCUGUCAAGGCUGGCGUCCCAGCAGGAAAAGGUUGCUGGGCAUGCUUUCGGCUUUGCCACGAGCACCAUGCUGCACAGCAGUUUACUUGGGUCAUCCAUCAUUCUUCUGACUUGAAUGGGCAGACGAAGCGGGAGCAGUGCUGGGUUGGCCUUAUUGAUGAAGCGGGAGGAGAGUUCUAUCGCUUCAAUUGCUUUGAUUUGGAAGCCACUGUGGAUCAGCGCUUGAUGCAACAGAGCCCAGACCACCGAUUGGACCAUGUGGUUGAAGACAAGAAGGCCAUUGCAAAGGCCGCACUACGUCGACGUGGCAGUGUGGUCACUUUGCAGGCAACCUUUGAGCUUCAGACCCGAACAUGCUGGAUCAACGUCUUCAUCAAUGACAUGAUCCUGGAUGCUCGAAUCCUCCGGCUCCAACAUCGACACAGCUUGCGGUGUGCAGCGUUUGUGGGAAAUUCCGGCCAGCACUUUUCUUCAUUACCACCGUUGUUCACGCAGUGUUCCUAUGGCCAACUGGUUUACCAGCUUCCCGGAAAACCGCAGGAUCGUUUCUCCAAGUUCAGCUUCCCAUUGCUUCUUUGGCCUUCCAUGGAGCCUAACAUUCAGGUUCCCACUCCUGGGGAACGUUCUUCCAUCUACUGCUGCUACUCAGACAUGGCCGAGAUGGAGUCGAUCCCCUUUGAUCAUCCAGCCAACGAACGCGUCCGACGCCGUAUCCUCGCGCGUUUGACACAAGCGCGCUCACUGGAGGUCUCCCGGAAGGUCAUCGAGAUCGCGGCAGCGGGCUGUUCGGUGGAACGGACCGGUCUUUGCAGCUUUCCCGGUGAUAUGCUUCUGUUGGCCUCUCUAAGUGCCUCGGAUGAGCUGUGGAAGGUGAUCGGCCGACGCGGUGGAGAACUGGGUCAUGCCAUACACUCCAUUUGCAAUGUUACGCUCGGUGGCAGUUCCAAUGAAGUGACCCAAGCCUUGGAGCAAAAGCAAAUGGCCCUGCAGGUCAUUGAGAUGUUGCUACGCUAUCCUCAUACUUAUGACCAAUUGAUGCGGGAAGGUUACAUGGCGCUUUUGGUGCAAGAAGUGUGUAAUCCACCGAAGCUCCAGGAUGAUGACAGCCUUUCCGUUUUCAGCUCUGUCUCUACCAGGAUCCUGAAAUCUACCCAACGCCUAGCAACCUGGGCCACUCGGCGAGUAGCAGCACUGGCACUUUUUCGUACGAUGCGGUUGCGGAGCAGUUUGCUUUCUGCGAAAGAUGCCCCUGCUUUGAUGGAGACCUUGUCGCAGGCCAUUGAUGAGCUGGCCGCAGUAGGGGGUUCCGUCCAUCUCGCAAGCGACGAUGGAACCGGCGGUUUGGUACAUGCCGAAGGGAACGACCAGACUGAGGUGAUGCAAAGCAGUCUUGGUCAGCUUGGAAGUGAAGAUAAGCAGGCUCUUGCAUUCAACCUUCAGGGCCUGGCUCAGGGCUCGCCGCACUUGGAGAAGUCCUCCGACCCACAGCUGGUGCGCAAUAUUUUGCGCACACUCAUUCGGAUGGUUGCUUUUGAGGACUGCCCCACACGAUUCGUGGAGUCUCAACACACGUCGUCUGAAUUGAUGAGGCAUCCCUCAGCGAAGAUCUUUCGAUGCCAGGUGCCUAUGGCCACUAGCAUGCAUAUCCAUUUUGAUCCUUUACCCAUAGGACGAGGUGCCGUGAAGCUCUUUGUUGGAGGCGAGCAAGUGGCAAUUUUCAACAAAAGUCUUCAAUCCAAGGCAGUGAGCAACACAUCCACAAUCAUUGAGAUCAGUGGAGACUGCUUUGACUGGCAAUUCAUUUAUGACACAGACAAGGUCUCAUCGGACCGACCGGAGAAGGCGAGCGGGCAGACCGACCGCUCUGCCCCGAGCGGUCUUGGCACUGAGGCGAUCAGCGAGAAUUUGGGAUAUCGCUUCUAUGUUUUGCCAAGCUUUGAAGCAUCAACUCAAGAGGAAGCAAAGGAAAGACGUUUGUUGGUGAUGGACCAGCCGCUUUUGGUCAGCCGCAUCAUCAAGCUGCACUCAAAGACUCCUAAUGGUGGGCUGGCAGGUGCUGACCAGGACCUGCAACAAGAGAUCGACCUGUCCGUCCUGACCCUGAUUUCGUACCUAGCCCACCUUGGAGAUGAUGAACCACAUCCGGCCAUCACAGCCGAGGGAGAGAUUUUCACCAUGAUGUAUGACGUCCUUUUGAAUCGACCCACUCCAAUCGAAGUCCAUGAUCCUCUCAAUCGCCGGAUUCUGACGGAUGAACAUGUGGCUGCUUCCCGCUUCUACUAUGGGCUUUCUUUGUCUGAAGAGGGACGAAGCAGCUUUGUGAGCCAUCAGGAGGCUGUUGCCAAGAUUGUGGACAUGGCAGCCGAGGAGUCGAGUCAAAAUGUGCUUGGUCAAGGCGGACCCGGCUCUGUUGCGAAUCCCCACAAGAUCUGCUGCCAUGACCGUGGAUAUGUCAUCAAUACCUUGACGAACUUCUCGUGCACUCCAGCCACAUGGAAUUUGCCGCAGACCCUGGUACUCUUGAGGCCAGAGACACAGGCAAUGUUCUUGGAGUGCGAAUUUGCCCGCGGAAGUACUUCCUGGAGCAUCAGCUUUCACACAUUUUUGAAUGAAGAGUUCAACAAACCGGGAAAGUUUGCUUGGAUGGUCUACAAAGGCUUCACAGCGAGCGACAUUCAACUAGCCAUUGGGAUCUCAUCCUCGGAGACGCUGGGCAAUCGCGCAGGUUUGCACCCCAUUGUCCUAAGGUUUACUCACAAUGCAUCUCCUCAUCAGUACGUGAUCAAGUCAAAGCCAUUGGAAUGCUUCAAAUGGGUACAUGUGUGUGUGAGCGUGGACCAUUUUGUGCUGAGUUUGACGGUGAACGGGGAGCUCACCUGGGCAGAAGAAAUCAUUGCAGAGAUUCCCUUGAUGUGUUCCUUUGGCACCGCUGAUCUUUGUAUUGGCUGCCCCGGUUGGGAGUUUGACCGGGCAGAGAAUCCACAUGCCUGGGUCUACUGUGUGAACAUCUAUGGUUUCAAGUCCUUGGAACCUAACGAAGCACUCUUCGACAAGCGCCGCGAAGAGCUGAUGGCCUGGCGCUCCACGCAUGAGGAGUUCGAUGAAUCCGAGCUCGGGAGAUCGGGCAUUGAUCAACUGCCAAAUCCGCUGACCAUGCCAGCAACUCUUCGGGCCAUUUUCGACACUCGACAGGUGGUGGCAGCAAGACAAGGGGUUGAAGUCCUUUGCGAGCUCCUCUCGGGAGGCUCAGAGAGUCAGCGAAGAAGUGCCAUUUUUGCCCUCCGCAACCUGGCCGAUCCCGCCGUCACCAGCGGACUGCGCCGUGUGGUUCAGAUGCUCAUGGCAGAAUCUGCUCCUGGCAAAGGACGUCGCUUUGAGUCCGUGUACAAGCUACUUCAGACAUGUCAAGAGGCUACCACUUUUGCUGCUGCAGCUGAAUUGGUCAUGAAUAUCCUGAACUGGGAGCCUCCCUUUGGUGAGAAAGGGGUUGAGGAUUCGGUUCGCUUGGAGCUGAUCAAGCACCUCCUUGCUCCGCCGAUUGAUCCACUGGAAGGCGGAGUCGACCAAGCUCGCUUGGAAGACCGAGCGCCUCAUGUCACUCAGGGACUCAUGACAGUGGUGGAGCAUCGCCGGAACGUGGAGCUCAUGGCAGAGCCAGAGGUGAAUGCAGUGGACACAUUCUUCAAGUAUUUGGCCUGUUCGCAACCUCUGACUGUGACCAGAACCCUGGAGCUGCUGGUGCGCCUGGUGUCCCGUUCCACCAGUGAGAUCCGAAAGACCUGGGCCGAAGACAUGUGUCAGUCACAUCAUUUCAAGCGACUCAUGGAGAUGGUCAUGCAGCAAGGUGACAAGCGAAUCAAAGGCCUUUAUGAGACCUUGUUGAUGUUUGUGCUGAAGCAAUGUGAUCAGACGCAGCUCAUGGAGACCGUCACCUCAUAUUCGCCUGAGGACAUCACAGCGGAGGAGCGCUUCUACAUUGGCAAAAUCCUCUAUGGAUGCUUGUCCUCCGUGAAAUCAUUCGAAGAGACUCGGCCCUUGCUGGCUCCGCGGCUAGCAGAUGCAAUGUUGCCUGAACACGCUCAAGGAGUCAGCCGUAUCAAGAAGCUUCAAAUUCAAGGAGCGCCCGGAAUCGCUGUGGAAUGUGUGCCUUUGCCUCCAAGCGUGGGGAAUGUCCGCACACAAGUGAAGUUGUGGCUGCCUGACAAAGAACAACCCUAUCCUGUAUGCACCAAUCCAAAUGAGAUUUAUAUUUGGAUCUCGCACAGUGAGUCAGAGCUUGAUCAGCCAGUGGAGCGUCGUGAGGUGCCUCCGUGUGUGGUGAUCCUGUGCCACACCAAGCCGAUGCCGCAGCGCGGGGAGGAGGUCCGAGACGAGGAGGCGCUUCAACGGUAUGAAGGCACAGCGGCCGAGAAGAUUCUAUGUAAGAGUUUGGACUUUGCAGAUUCCGUUUAUUACCAGGUGCAGUUCAUGAGCGGCCGUGCCAUUCAGCCCUUUGUGGAACAAGAAGAUGCAGAACUUCUUCAGGAUGAGCCACCACGAGUCACACUGAAGUUGCUUUGCACCAACAUGGUGAUCAGAGAUAUGGUGGAACAAAAGGUUAAGCAGAAUUGUAACACAGCCUUCGCCAUCAUACCAAACCGAAGCUUGUCGGUGGCGGAGUUCAUUUUCAAGCAGGUGGAGGACAUUGAGGAAGAGCUCUUGCAAGAGCUGGCACAGUCGAAGGGCGAGGACGCCAGCGCAGAAGGCAAUCCUGAGGGCACUGAAGGCGACCGUUUGCCAGAGGAGAUGGUGCUUCUUCAGCAAGACCCCUCGCGUGCAGUGGUGUACCAACAAGAUGUGCUGCGCUGGGCCAGGGCCACGCGCAUCGCUGGAAAGCACCUCGACUCCAUUGGCGAUGGUUCGGUGGUGAACGGAGGCCAGGACAUCGACGCCUCGAAGGACGAUUCGGCGGAGGCCGCGGCGGCGGCCGCCUUGCGUGCCUCGAGCUCCUAUGGCCGCACCGCGGAGCGCUUGCGCCCCAUCCAGAGAUUCUUCGCGUUGUGCGUGGUGGCCAUGACCAAGGCCUCCUUGUCGCGGAUGAGUGACAAUCGCGAGCGGCUGAUUGAACUCAUGGAUUCCCUGGACUCCUAUACGGCACAGGCGAUUUGUGAAGCCAUCCUGGAGCUGUUGACCUUGCCCAAGAAUAUCGGCCUGUUCUCCAAGAGUAGUAUUGACAAGACCUUGAUGAGUAUGGAGCAGACUUUCCAGCAGCCUGAGUCAGCAGAAAGAUCCUUGAUUGCCUUUGCAGACAUUCUUUGGAAGUACUUGAAGCCAGAUUCUCGCAAUGCAGAGGAGGGUUUGAAGGCAUCCGUUCGGAUUGUCCGCCCUUUGCUGGAGCUGCUAUCAAGAAGCGACACCAGCAAGGAGCAGAAGUCCAAUAUCUUUGCAAUCAUUCGACAAGGCAUGCGGUUUUCGAUCAUUUCAACUGAUACCUUCACGGGAGAACAGAUGAUCGGAAAGGCCAGUGGUUCCAAAGACAAACACGGAUCCAGCACAAUGCAUCAAGUCCUAAAGCCCAUGGACUCCUCCUUAGAAGCUGUGGGUCAGGAGGAUGCCCGAGACACAGGCGAACUCUUUUUUGAUCUCAAUUUGUGCUUCAGCGCUGCCUCUGUCCUGAAAUACAUUUGCUGCACCUCCAGUCCGGAAGAGCAUUCUCAGCUGAUUCAGCUGGAAGUCGUGCCCAAAAUGAUGAGAAUCCUGAGCGUGAUCCGAGACUUUCUGCCCCGCUUUGCCAACUCAAAGGCGAACUUCUCCUACGAGAUUCCGAGCUUUUGCACGAAUCCACAGACGAAUCAGCUCUACAAGCCCGUCUAUCGACUACUUCCAUAUACAGCCAGCACACGAUUGUUUCGGGAGAUUUGUGGCUCCAUCUCAAACUGCUGCCAAUGUUUGUCAAACUUGAUGUCAGAUCAAUUUCCGACCACCAACUGCAUUCCCUUGAUCCAGAUGUUGGCCUUCGAUGAGGGUGAUGGUCUUCGUGACCUCUAUGACAUGCUCCGAGACGUGGAGGUCGACAUCGGCAUCAACGAUCAGAGUUUGCUGGCAGAUCUUCAUCCUGACAUCACGCUGAUGGUGGAGUCGCUACGUGCCAUCACGAUCAACUGCAAUCGGAUCAUGCGCUCGAGAGUCUUGGAAGUGAUGUAUACAGCUCUGCAUCCGCAUGGCCCUGUGUUGCCCAAGAAGAACUCCAAGAAGCAGGAUGUCAAGGAGUUGAACCAUGACUAUCGAAUACUAACCUACCUCAAGAACUCUGGUGCUGAAGCUGAUGAGAAGCGCGAGCAGUUUUUCUUGCCUUCCAGAAUCGAUCGAGCCUUUACCUUUUCACUGUGGUCUCGAAUGGACAAGGGCAUUUCGACGCAGAUUCGAAUCGAAUGGGAUUGCCAUAGUUCACAAGAGUCCACCUUAGACUUGAAGCGGAUGGUGGAAGAAGGCUUGGAUGUGCUUCCAAUCGAUGCAUCUUUCCGCAUCAUUCGAAAGCAGCAGGACGACCACUUGCGCUUGCGUUAUGAAGAGCUUCGGGAACUCCGAGACGCAAACAUGCAAAAGCGCCGUCGUGUUUGGCAGUGGAUUGACAAGGGUGGAGCAGAUGUGCCCCCACGUCCUUUAAAGGAUAUGAAAGAGCUGAAAGAGCAGAAAGGAUGGGCCUACAUGUCUUUUAUCUUGGAGAUCGAAGAAGAGGACUUGAACAAGCGCGUGACCUCUGAAAGAGAGGACUUCGAGGAGGACAAUGCUCAGUCAGAGGCGUCUGCACGGGAGAAGGCAGUGGGAGACACUCAGGCGCACGCCAAGCUUCAGGUCUUCUACGGUUUAGCCAAAAGUUCGAAGCCUGCCCGGCCCAAGAUGCUUGAAAUCUCCAAGCCACGCUAUGUGUACCAUGUCCAGGAUCAGGACAUCAUUGGUGCUGGGGAGUUCACACUGACAACAUCUUCUUUAGGAGAAGGAACACCAACUAAUGAUGCAGCUCGCGCAAAUGCUGUGAGUAUGGGGUCGCAGCAGAUGAACCAGGACUCUGCUGCUUCAGCAGGUGAUGCACCAAGUGAGAAGCAGAGUGGCAACACAACUCCUGCCGCAAGUGUUGCGACAACCAGCAAGCUUCGCACCACAACAGUGAACAUGCAGCAGCAGCAACCACCACCUGUUAACUUUUCCGAUGACGAUUUCUCCAGAAUUCAACUGGAGACGUUCCUUCCAUUGCUCAUGCCGUUCAAGACCAAUGCAGCGGCCAACGCUGGACUUCUGACCAUCUCUCCUUAUGAAGUCAACACGCCAGAGCGCAGAGAAGCAGCCCGUAGAGCUAUUAUGAUGCCAGAUGUCUUCUUGUCUCGUGAUUUGGUCCCAGAGUUGGUGCCAUGCUGCAAGGUGGCCACCUCCACCGACCUUUUAAGUACCUUGUCCGCACACACUCUGUAUUUGCUGACGAUGGCUUUUGCUCGUCCAGAGCCCUUACAUUCAAGUGAAGAAGUCGAUGCCACCAUGAAACUUGGACAGUUCCAGCAAGUCUUAGAACAAUUUCGCAAGAAGUGCACCACUGGUACAGCGGAGGAAAACUUAGGUGGAAUUCGAGUCAUUGUGGAUGUGCUUUGGAAACUUUUUACCAGGAGGAAGAAAGUUCUGGACGAAAAACAAUACAAAUCAUUCGCGCAGAACAAGGAAAGUUUCGAAAAGGGCCCAUACUACUGGGUGAAGUUCGUCCAGAGGAUCCUGGAGCUUCUGACAGACUUAUGCAUCGGCCCUGAUGGCAACGCUAUCAAUGAAAUCCAAGACUUCAUCACUCGGGAGCUGAUUCAAACCAGUGAGGCCCUGAGUAUUCGAAGGCGCCCUCCACCAGAGUGUUCAGACAACAUUUGGGCAAAGACCAGCAUCACAGUUGAUGAUCACAUGCAUGCACGGGCUGAAAUCGAACGCCGAACUCGCUUCGUUGGCAGUGGGAAGGGCCUGAAACAGCUCAUGAGCCAGAAGGAUGAGUUCACCUUGUUGAAGCUUGGCACCUCGAUCUUCUUCAAUACCUUCGAUAAUGCCUUGGAAGAGGCCCAAGCACCGGAGGCAGAGGAUGAAGACGACCUUGCCCAGAUCAUCCGUAAUAUGGUCCCGCGCGUGCUGUGGAUGCAGCAGAGGGCGCAACCGCCGCGCUAUGAAGGCCGUGGCUAUGUUCAAGAGGACCUCGACUUCUUGCAGCCAAAUCAGAAGAUUCAGCCUUGCAGAUUCCUUUAUUUUGCACUGGUGAACUUGCUGGCACAUCUCACAGCUGAUCGAAACACUGACAACUCAGUACUCUUGCAGUCAGUGAUACCACCCAGCGUGGUGCGGGGUCAGCUCAUCCAGCGGGAGGUCUUGCGAAAUGCAGGGCUGGUUUUUUGCCCAGCCUAUUUGGCUGAACAACGACGCCAACAAGGUCAAGUGAAAGAAAGCCGAGAUGUCGCUGACCUAAGCGACCUCGCCGCGCUUUCUUCACACACAGCCUUGCUUCUGCAUGGUUUUUUGCGUCAGCCACCUUUUGCGGACGAGUCAAUUCGAAGUUCGGUCAUCAGCCAGGUAUACUUGGAUGGAACGCGGGCAGACGAUGAUGACAGUGCCUUUGAUGAGCUUCCUGGGGGAGGGUCAGCUCCUUUGACGCCUGAUGACCUCAAGAAGCUUUGCCACAUGUGCUCUUGGCAAUUUGCUUCUUUGGCCGAAUUGUGCCGUGACAUGGCAAGUCCCGGUCAGCCAAAGCCACGCUCCGACUUUUCGGAUUGCAUGGGGCACCUCGUCAGUGUGCUAAGCAUGUUGUUGUCCAAGCUCAUUGGACUCGGUUAUUUUGAACGAUUCCGCAAGGAGUCUGAGGAUCGACAACGGGAACUGCAAGAACGCCUCGAGCAGGGCGCCUACGUGAACGAAGAAGAUCUUGAACAGAACAAGUUGCCGACCUUUGAACUCCGUUGGGUCACUGAGCUGUUUAGUGCCAUGCACCGACUUGUGCAGGUGCAUCCAAUCGUUGCAACGGAUUUGUACUUGGCUGCCUUGAAGGAUGUUUGUCGCUUGUUGAACAUGUGCUGCUCAUUGUGUGUGAAUAUUCACGUGGAGUCCUUCAUGGAAACUUUUCUGGAAUUUCUGCCUGGCUCAGUCAAGGAGCUUGUGGGAGGACCCAACAUGAUUGGGCUCUCACAUGGAGCUGAUGAUGUGGGGAGACCAAUCUCUGUGGAGAGUAUUGAAGAGGUCCCAAGCUACAUCACCAUUAUCACAGACUUGGCGCAGAUAGCACUGCCCUGGCAGCCGCCCGAUUCGGGCGAUCGGGCAUGUCGAAAGGCCUUAUCUGGAUUUCUUCAUUGCCUUCUGGACUUCAUCGCGAUGAAUGACUCUGCUCUUGCCAUCGCAGCUGUCAUGUUGCUGUCGCGCAUUUGCCGAAGGCGCAAGGACUUUUUGGAGACUAUUCAGCGUUUGCAAUUGCUUUAUGUGGGUGAUGAGCCCAAGUUUGAGGCCUUGGAACCUUGGGUGCAGGAAGCAAAUCACCAGGUCAAAAAGAUUAAGCAAAUCGGCAAAGAGUUUGAGGACGAGAUGGACUAUAUUCGGCAAUGCAAUUUAGACACUGGGUGCUUGUUUGAGCCAUUUUCCGUUUUUCAUGAUUUUCCUCCAAUUGGUAGGAAUGGUUCUCCGGUCACCGCUGGGACUCAGAAAAGCCACCAGGACAUGUACACCGUCGGCUUUGCAGAUGGUAUUGAAUGGAGUGAAGAUGAUUUGGGCGACCGCAAAACCGUGGAGCAACAAGUCAACGACCCCCGCACCAUCGAAUACACCGACAAACACCAGGCUUCGGGAAUGGUCCUUCGGCUGUCUCAGUCAUCGAUGGGACUCAUUGAUGGCAAGGUGGUGAACGUGGAUUUUUUCAUCAAGUCCGUGUGCAAGACUGGAGAAGAAGACGACAACGAGGAUGAAGAUGCCAUGCUGGUGCCGAUCUAUGUGGGUGCCAUUUCUUCCAAAUAUGUUGGGGAGGACAACCGGCUCACGGGUGAUCGCCGUGGUCAUGCAGCUGAAGGUUUCUUCGGCUGUGAUGAAUUUGGGCAUCUCUACAUCAGUGGUCAUCGCACCGACGACAAGUUUGGCGGCUUCAAGAAGGGCAGCACCGUCGGAGUGGAGAUUGAUUACACUGAUGAGGCAAAGAGAGCCAUGUUCAUCAGUGUCGAUGGCUUCAGAGUUGGCGCCAUCCGUAGGGAAGUGGAUGAGGGCAUGGUGCCAUGUGUGAUUUUGAACGGAAUGGGACAGGUGGUUCGAGUCAACGUGGGUCGCCCCCGGCGUGGAAAAGGCCUACUGGUCAAGCGGGAGGAUACCCUUCAAGACGAGUGGCAGUCCAUCUACAAGGAUCAUCCCGAGCCGGACACCACGGUGAUUCACCUGAGCUAUCAGGUUGGGAAGGACCAAUGGUUCACACGGGUGAAGUCCGAUGAGGGAAGCAAGUACAAGGAGGAAUGUAUAUACGAAGGGUGGAAUUCAGCGUUUGCAGUCCAGCUGAAGGAUGAACAGUUGGCCAAAUUGGAGAAGAUCAAAGCCUUCUCAAGACAGUUUCAAGUGGAUAGCCGCCGUGUGAGCAUUUGGUGCAUCAAUGUGACCUUGACCGGUAUGUUCAUCGACUCAGCACAGAUUUGGCGGAGUCACCACUUGGCACAGCAGAAGGCUUGGAUGUCCUUCUAUACUGACAAGAGCGGCUCCCACCACCGGAAGGUGGCGACAGACUGGAAGGACGCACCUCGUGAUGAACAUGAUUUGGAAGAUGAAGCUGUCCAGGUGAUCACCGAACUGGAUGCCAAAUUCUGCCAUGGAGCUUACAAGCUGUUUGUGUGCUUUAAUGCAGAAGAUCCGCAGAACUUUUCUCCCGAAUAUGACAAGCAGAUCACGAUCAGGCUCAAGCUCACACCUCACCUUCCUCUACUGGGACCCAAGAAUCAGCUCAUCAAGCUCUUUAGUCACUUCUCCGCGGUGGUGGAGCAAGGCGAUGGGCAUUUGAUCCACUACAAGAAGGUGGAGCUUGUGGCGCUUCAAGUGCUUCAGUUGCUGAAAGGCUCGGAGAGGCUACGAAACAGCCUUCUUCAUGAUUCCAACGCAGAGGAUGAUUCCGCCGGCUACACGGUGUUCCAUGCCGCUGUUGAGUUCUUGAAGUCAUUUUGUGAGUGCGAACCUCACUACCGCGCCUUGUUUGUGAAGAAGGAGGUCUUUGAGUUCCUGGUCUCUUGCAUUGCGCUGGCUGAACAGGUUCCAGUGUCUCAAAUGCUUGUGUCGGUGUUUGCCAACAAUGACAUGAGGGUGAACAUGCAGUUUGUUGAAGAGCUGAUCAAGGCCAUGGAAGAGAAUUUUUCCAAGAACAAGCAAUCCUCCUUAAAUGCACUGCUGGUACUGACCAGUGUCGUGACGACUUUCAAUGACAAUGUCGAGACUCGUGACAAUGGCAGUAUCAUUAUGCGUCGAUUCAUGGAGAACAACACUGAGAAACGCAUCGAAAAUCCCUAUCUCCCAAUGGCUUUUGAGGCCUUCCGUGAUCAAGUUGAGUUCAUGAUCGGUGACAAUGAGAGGAUAGGUGACCACAUCAAGCAAAUGAAACAAGACGAGGUCAGAUCGGUUGCCACGAAGGACAAGCAGAGCCGAGCAAGUCAUGAACAAAAAAGGAAGAGCACAGUCGAAGCUGCAGAAGCUUCUGAAAGUCAGUCUGGUUCAGAGAAGAACAGCGGAUCUGAUUCUGAGGAUGAGCAAGGUGAGCCAGCCGCAAGCACAUUGCCUGUGGAUACACUGGGGACUUCUGCUACUGCAGAUGACAGCGAUGAAGAUGUUGCAUCCUCAGUCGAUGACGGUGUGGAACACGAAGCAGCGGCCACCUUUGGCACCAAGAAACUGGUGCUGUCGAACUUCUUUUCCAUUUGCUUCCAACUUGCCAGUAUUGAAUUGGUCAUUCGCUGCUCUUCCUUUGGCUUUAACAAGACAGUUCUGAAGCAUUUCAGCAAGAGUGUGACAGAGUCCCAGCGGGGCAAAGACGAAAUGGAAGAGGCAGAAGAAGGUGCAGUAGAAGCGGAAGAGGGAGAUGAAGAUGAUGAUGGAACUGUGGCGAGACAAAAGUAUUUUCGACACAUCAUUUUCUGGCUUUCCGCGCAGGACAACAUGAUUAAUAUUCCACUCAUUGUUCAGGAUGCCUUUUUACGAAUGAUGUGUGUGCUGCUGAAGCCUCAUGAAGUGGAGGAUGUGUUGCACAACCGUUUUACAGCCAAGCAGCGGCGAAUGCGAAGCAAUGCGAUCAAGCCCACCGACACAGUCUUGCUCCUUCUCAAAUGGUUUACAGAGUCUUGGUGCUCGUUUGGAAUACGUGUUGUUUCUUCAUCAUGA